CGGAAGUGGGCUACUUUAACACUCUUUCCGCGGGAUGUUUUUCAUGUCCGCGGGUUGAAUCGACCCCAGGAACGUGAUAUUUAGCUCCUGGAAUGCGACUUUUAUCAGGGGGACAAAAAACGUGUAUUUUACCCCACCGGAACGCGAUUUUUUACCGGGAAUCCCCACUGAAAAGCGAUUGGACUAGUUUUGAGUAGCAAUUGAGCGGGAUUUGCUGAGGAAACCUGGCAACCCUGGACUGUUACGGUUCGGUGGCGUCCCAUCAUGGCGCGCUACACAUCGUCUCAAAGCGUUAUCUGUCGGUUCACUCAAGGAUAUAAAAACAGUCAGCGACUCAGCAAAGGCACAUGUUGUGGAUGCACUAACUUCUCGAAUACAAAUGUGAUACACGAUAGACAGAAUCAGCGUUUCACAGUUGACUGCGGCGGAGCAGUGAGUAGCGCAAUCCUGAAGUACACUGUCAGUCAUGAUCAGCAGGUGGAGCUGAUCUCUACAGAGGUUCCUGAAUCACACAGGGGUAAAGGUGUAGCAGCUCACCUGGCAAAGGCUGCUCUGGAUUUUGUUGUUGAAGAAAAGCUGACAGCGAGGAUAUCCUGUUGGUACAUUAGAAAAUAUGUAGAUGAAAACCCACAUCUUGGAUACAAGGCUUACUUUGAAGAUAAAUAAAGGCAGAAUUAAACAAUAUCUUAACAAAUGAUUUUACAUAUGUCUUACCUCCUUUACAACCGGACUCCUUGUAGUCUUAUGACAGGAUGAACAGAGUAGAUGUCAGAGCCUACGAGUACAAAAGAGAAACAAUUAAAUAAUUUAGUGUGACGUGACAAACGGCCAAGCAUGGUGACCCAUACUUGGAAUUUGUGCUUUGCAUUUAACCCAUCCAAUGUGCACACACACACAGCAGUGAACACACACCUGGAGCAGUGGGCACCCAUUUAUGGGGUUCUGUGCCUUGCUCAAGGGCACCUCAGCCGUGGUAUUGAGGGUGGAGAGAGCGCUACAAUCACUCCCCCCACCUACAAUCCCUGCCGGCCAGAGACUCAAACUCGCAACCUUUGGAUUGCGAGUCCAGCUCUCUAACCAUUAGGCCACGACUUCCCCAAUAAUACAUUUUAUUUAUAUAGCGCCUUUCCAGAGCUCAAGGACACUUUACAAUAAACAUCAGAAGUGUGAGAGUAACAUCAAACAAUAAUACAGAAAGUAAUUCGAAAAUCGGACAUAUAGAGUAAUAUAUAGAUUACAUAACAUAAUAAACAGAAAUCAACUUAAGAAAGGUAGCAUUCUGAAAACAAGUGAGUUUUAAGCAGCGAUUUAAAUUCAGACCGGUUAUUGGCAAGACAAUACAUAAUUAAUGAUUGAACAUAUGAAUGAAUGAAUGACUAAAUCCAUGCAGUAAUCCAGUUCUAACAAUGCUGAAAUAUUAGACGGGUCAGAUAUUUUAUUCUAAACUUGUCUGCCAUCCAGACUUGUUAACUUCCCCCUCUAUUAAAAAAUAUUGAUUAAUCUAUCAAGUAACCAUCUCAGUGCCUAGUAACUACUCUAUUGUUUAGCAACACCCUAGCAACCACAGAGUCAUGUUGUUACUACUGUAUUUUUUUAAUUUAAAAGGCCUACUGAAUGUAAUUCAUGGGUGUUAUUCAAUGAUUCCAUGUGUCUUGAAUAUUAGGAUAAUUAAGUGAGAUCAGAUCACUCUGCUGGAAGUAUUAUUAUUGAACUCACUGUUUUCAUCAUCUGAAGCACAACAAGAUUAUUGUGUUCCAAAUCAAUGCACUAUAUUUUGAAAAGCCAUGAGUAAAAUAGGACUUUUUUUUAUAUUUUAAAAUGUAAUUUCACAGUUUAAAUUCACAUUUUAUUGCAUGAAUACAUCACAAACAUCACAUGUCUCACAUUGCUCUAAUUCACUGGUCAAUUUAUCUGUCAGUUAAAAAAGUGAUUUAUUUUGAUUUUUGCUUUUGAGAUGAGUAAAUACUGUGAUUGUUAUUGUUUGUCAUUUGUAACUUUUAUUAUUGAUUAAUUUACACCUGUAGCAGGGACAUAGCACGUAGCAUGGAUUCAUAUGUCAUCACGUUCAGUGCGUCGCUGAAUGAAGCUGAAGUCACGUGACUCAAAGAGAAACCGAAAGCGAUCGCAUCCAAAGACUAGAUAACAUGUAAAGGCCUGAAAUCAAGUUUAUUUUCUAGGAAGAAGAGGAGCAGAAGAGCAGCAUGUAAAAUGAGUGUGUGUGAGGAGAGAAAGCAGGGGGCUCCUGUUGACACUCCAGCAUCUCCAGGAUUCAGCUGUGUGUCUGUGAAGAGUAACAGAUCCAUGUUUGAGCCCCCUCAUCUCAGUGAUGUUGAUGCUCAGAGCAACAUCUCCAGGAUUCAGCUGUGUGUCUAUGAAGAGUAACAGAUCCAUGUUUGAGCCCCUUAUCUCAGUGAUGUUGAUGCUCAGAGAGCAACAUCUCCAGGAUUCAACUGUGUGUCUGUGAAGAGUAACAGAUCCAUGUUUGAGCCCCUUAUCUCAGUUAUGUUGAUGCUCAGAGAGCAACAUCUCCAGGAUUCAGCUGUGUGUCUGUGAAGAGUAACAGAUCCAUGUUUGAGCCCCCUCAUCUCAGUGAUGUUGAUGCUCAGAGAGCAACAUCUCCAGGAUUCAGCUGUGUGUCUAUGAAGAGUAACAGAUCCAUGUUUGAGCCCCUUAUCUCAGUGAUGUUGAUGCUCAGAGAGCAACAUCUCCAGGAUUCAGCUGUGUGUCUGUGAAGAGUAACAGAUCCAUGUUUGAGCCCCUUAUCUCAGUUAUGUUGAUGCUCAGAGAGCAACAUCUCCAGGAUUCAGCUGUGUGUCUGUGAAGAGUAACAGAUCCAUGUUUGAGCCCCUCAUCUCAGUGAUGUUGAUGCUCAGAGAGCAACAUCUCCAGGAUUCAGCUGUGUGUCUGUGAAGAGUAACAGAUCCAUGUUUGAGCCCCUCAUCUCAGUGAUGUUGAUGCUCAGAGAGCAACAUCUCCAGGAUUCAGCUGUGUGUCUGUGAAGAGUAACAGAUCCAUGCUUGAGCCCCCUCAUCUCAGUGAUGUUGAUGCUCAGAGAGCAACAUCUCCAGGAUUCAGCUGUGUGUCUGUGAAGAGUAACAGAUCCAUGUUUGAGCCCCUCAUCUCAGUGAUGUUGAUGCUCAGAGAGCAACAUC